CUUUAGAAUAAGAGGACUAUAACCGCAUACUUGCAUUUACACUGUACAGUUGACAUUGACACAACCGAAAGACAGUCUUGGCACCCAUAACCAAUAAAAGAACGCGGGGCGGCGCGUCCAUCGCGUCGCCGUCGCAUCUCUUUGUCUGACCCUCCUCACUUUAGAACACCCCGCACACCCAAAUAAAGAUUGCCAUUGCUUCUCACUUCUCAGCAUGCAAUAGCACCAAUCCACAGCCCAGAGGAAUAAAGAAAAAAAAAUGGCCUACGACGACAGCAACCGCGCCUUCCUCCAAGCCUUCAUGGCCCGCUCCACCCUAACCCUCACAGAAGCAAAACCCAUUCUGGCAGCUAUAUACUCUAUAAAAAAUAACCAAGAAACCUCCCCCGACGAAAUCACCCCCACCGACCUAGAAACCUACAUCGCCGCCGCCAACAGCGCCAUCUCCCCCUUCGACUUGGAAAUCCGGAGUCUCCUCCCGCAACUCGAACUCGAUCCCACUCAAGACAACAAUGCCCACACCCCCCCGGAACGAAUCUACGCCCUCGUCAACACCACCAGCGACGCGCUCACCCAACUCGCGACCACCCAUUCAGCAGAUGAAAUCGCCUUCGUGAAGCGAUUACUGGACGCGAUGUUCGAGACGAAUAAUACGCGGCGGCAGGAGGCGAUGGUCGUUAGUAGUAUGCAGGCGUUGCAGUUGGCGAAGGUGGUGGGGGGGAGGGAGUCGAUGUCGGCGACGCAGGGUGCUGGAGGGGCGGCGCAGUCGUUGACUAUGACGCAGGCGGAGACGAUGUUGAGGCAAUUGGUGGAGGAGGGGUGGUUGGAGAAGAGUCGGAGGGGUUUUUAUCGGUUGAGUCCGAGGGGGUUGAUGGAGUUGAAGGGGUGGUUGGUGGCGACGUAUAAUGAUGAGGGGGUGAGGAAGAUUAAGUUUUGUGAGGCGUGUAGGGAUGUUAUUACUGCUGGUCAACGGUGCGCGGAGAGGGAUUGUCCGGGACGAUUGCAUGAUCAUUGCAUGCGGAAUUUCUUUCGCAUGCAGAAAGCCGAGGUUUGUCCCGUGUGUAAGAUCCCUUGGCCCGGGGAUCGGUUUGUGGGGGAACGCGCGAUUACGAGGGAGCAGAGCGCGCAGAGGAGUAGGAGGGCUGCGAAUACUCAGGUGGAGGCGGGGCCGAGUACGCAGGUCGAGGUGGAUGGGCUGGAUGCUGAUCUUGGGGAGGGAGAGGGGGAGGAGGAAGGUGAGUGAGUGAGGAGGAUGGGCGGAUGUUGAGAUGAUACAAUGGGUGCUAUGAGCACUGCGCAAAGCAUACGGUAGCUAGGGCGCUCCCUGAAUGCAGACGGUAUAGGAGGCCUCGAGAGGCCAUACAGCAUAGGGGAGCAUUGCUGAGAUGCUUCGAGGUUCUCCCGGGAGAUGCUGCAUAUUCAUGAUGCGCAUUGAAGGUCAGUCUGAGCUGUGGUUGAUAACCACGGAGACACUGCUUGGACAGAAACGCGCCCAUGCGCGCGAGCAGACCAUGUCUGGCACUCUUUCGAAGAUGGCCAAGGGUGAUGUCGAUGAUAUAAGGAGGGAAUGAAUGUUUGAUAUCCUAACUCAAGAUCUCAAAG